AUGCAGACGGAUCGAGAGAAAGAGCCCGUUAGUGGUGCUGGUUCCACGCCUUCCUCGUCCUCAUUUGAGGAGUCUGCGAUUCCCCAACAAGUUAAUGAUGCUAUUCCACCGCCAGGCAUCGAUGAGCGCAAGCUCAUGAGGAAGAUUGAUAUACGGUUGCUGCCUGUACUCUGUAUUUUGUACUUGCUAGCUUUCCUGGACCGUGUUAAUAUCUCCAAUGCUGCGAUAUUUGGGUUGAAGGAGGAUUUGGGCCUAGGCGGCGUGGAGUAUAAUACUGCAUUGACGAUAUUCUUCGUUCCUUAUAUCAUCUGCGAAAUUCCUUCCAAUAUCCUACUCAAGCGUCUCAAGCCCCACCUAUGGCUAUCUCUCUGCAUGUUCUUCUUUGGGCUCACCACGAUGCUACAAGGUCUCGUAAAGAACUACUCUGGCAUUCUCGCCACACGCUUCUUUCUCGGUGUCUUUGAGUCUGGCAUGUUUCCCGGCUGCUUCUACCUGAUUGCAAUGUGGUACAAGCGAUCCGAAGCACAAAAGCGGUACUCCUUCUUCUUCGGGUCCACAUCGCUCGCAGGCGCAUUCGGCGGUCUCCUGGCCAGCGCGAUUGGCAAGAUGGAGGGCGUCAACGGGUGGAAUGGGUGGCGGUGGAUCUUUAUCUUGGAAGGACUGCUGACAUGUGUGGUGUCUUUCCUGUUCUUCUUUAUCAUCACAGACUUCCCGGAGGAGGCAAAGUUCCUGUCGGAGGAGGAACGUGCAUUCGUGAAGAAGAGGCUACAAGUAGAUGUGGGUGAAAGCGCGAGGGAGGAGAAGAUGACACUCAAGGAUGCAGUGAAUGUCUUCAAAGACUACAAGAUUUUCGUCGGCGGGUUCAUGUAUUUUGGUCUCAUUGUCCCUGCAUAUGGCUAUGCCUACUUCGCGCCCACAAUCGUCAAGCAGCUUGGCCACGACCCAAUCCAAACACAGCUGCACUCCGUCCCGCCUUGGGCCUGCGCCUUCGUCUUUGCAAUGGUGAUUGCGGUCCUCUCUGAUCGGCUUCAGCACCGCUUCCUCUUCACACUGAUCCCCAUUGCAAUCGCUGUUACCGGUUUCUGCAUCCUACUCGCUGUGCACGACAACACAAAUCUCCAGUACGCGGCGUUGUUCCUCCUCGCAAUGGGCACAUACUCAGCCAUGCCGGUGGUGGUUUGCUGGUUCAACACCAACCUUGGCGGCCACCACCGGCGUGCCAUUGGUACGGCGUGGCAGGUCGGGUUCGGGAACAUCGGGGGCAUCAUUGCAACAUAUUCUUUCUUGUCGAAUGAUGCUCCGUACUAUACGAGUGGAUAUAGCAUCGGGUUGGCGUUCAGUCUGUUGAGCGCGCUGAGUUGUGUGAUAUAUUAUGUCGCAGUGACAAUGGAGAAUAGUAAAAGAGAGAGAGGUGUUAGUAAGUAUAGUGGCGCAACAGCGAUGGAGAAGAGGGGUCUGGGUGACGAAAACCCGGAUUAUCGGUAUUUUAGAUAA